CCUUUUGGUCAAAAGUCAGUAGUUAGUGCAUAAUCUGAUUAAGUUACGUAACUAAGGUGAUAAAUAAGUUCAAAGUUAAGAAAUAUAAGUAAUUCAUGCUAAAAACAGUUAAGAUGUGUGUGUUUGAAAUUUGCUCAGAGUGAGACAUCGUUAUCACAAGCGAUCUUUGUAUUGUAUGUGCGGAAAUUGGAGCGAGGGAGCGCUCUGAUCAUUCACCUAUCUUUGACGUAUUUUCUCCGUUAAUGUUGUGAAAAGUGCUUCGGCAGUAUUAAAACUGUGAAUAAGCUCAUGUACACGCUAAAAGUGCUCUACACGCUUGUACCUUGGGAAACGUUCGUCUUUAGGGAGUGUUCGCCCGGGGCGCCAAACAGGCUAGGACCGCCACUGUUGCCGACUCAUCUAAUCCUUCCAGUUUUCACGGUGUCUGAAGACAAUAAGAGUGAGAGAGAGAGAGAAAUAAAUUUCCGAAGACAUCAGUAUGAUGCGUGGCCAUUCUUUGUUGGACCCCUGUAGUUACAGUGAAAACGUACCGCCAACGUGGCUGGAAGUUCGACGUUAGAAGCAAUGUAUGUUCCAGAAUAAGAAAAGAAGAAACGUUCUUGACGGCGCAGUGUGUGUGGUUCGAGAACACAGCGGAAAAGAGGCUUGCAAACUCAAAAAGAGGAAACACCAUUAUUGGCGCUUUGGACGGCAACGACCACGACUUCACCAAUAGAGGGCGACAUUGACCAUCAUAAACUACAGCUCUGCAAAUCUCUGCCGCUGCACACAGGAAGAACUGUAUAAUCCCUGGCGGUCUUCAAGGAAAAGAUAACGGCUCUGCAGUCAGCGCCACGUUGGGCUGUGAUAUAUCCACAACUUCAUGUAUGUUAGUAAAGUUUGGAGAGGUCUAUUAAAAUAAUAAUUUAUUUUGUAUGAGAAAUGUUUUGAGUUAAAGGUAACCAACCUGUCAUUAUAGCUAAACCGUUCCUUUUUAUUUUACAAGUGGUGUUGUUUAAAGUAUUCUAAUAAUGUUUAAGAGUUCAACUUAAAAGAAGACUAACAAGGGGUGUAGUUAAGCAAACUGUUGCAAGAAUCAGAUUGUAUUGAGAAUUAUAUGUUUGCCAGGAUCGCAUGUACAUAUAGCAACAACUUGUUUAUGCAGCAGGUUUGGUGAAACAUGUACAAUGUCAGUAAACACAGAAAAAUCACAUAUUGAAGAAUGCAGAGAACAAAUUGAUUCCCUUAAGGGAGAGCUGAGUAGAUUGAAUGAACAAUUGAAAUUACAGACUGAUGAUGUUGAAAGGGAGAAAUUGGAGUUACUCAUAGGUGAUAUUCAUGCUAAAAUAGAAAUCAAGCAGAAGCCUGCCUCUAAUACUUCAAGACUAGAGCCCAGGAAAUCCUCAAGGGAGCGAAAGUUAAGGCCCAAAAUGCUAGAACUUAAGCAACAAGAGUUUUCUCAGAAGGAGAGUAAAUUUAUCAAACUAUAUGAAAGCUGGAAAGAACAAGUUAAAGCUACACGUUCCAAACUUAAAGAAGAGUGCUCUGACCAGGAAUUAGCUGACAUGAUGGAUACUGUCGAAGGGCUGGAGACACAAGUGAAAAAUACAUACGAAGAUAUAAGAUCGCAGUCAGCCCCUUCUACUGAGACUAGAAGAAAAAUUGAUUCCUGCACAGCAGUUACAGCGGACUUGAUGAGAAUACUUAAAGUACGUAUGAGUGAAGUGGGGCAAGAAGAGUUUGAUGCUAAGGCAGAAAAUGCGAGACUUCACAUGGUGCUAGACAGAGAAUAUGCUCAGUCAAUAUUUGGGACUACAAUCUCCCGACCUUCUGUACGUAGCUACCGCUCAAGCUGUUUAUCGGAGCAGCAAAGCAUCAAUGUAAAAAAGGCAGAGUGUGCUGCACAGCUUGCCACGAAGCAGGCCGAGAUAGAGAUGGAGGAGGCUAUUGCUACACAAAGGCAAGAGCUUAAAAGACUAGAAAAUCAGCGAGAUCUUCAGGUAAUAACUGCAAAGCUAAAAGCUUAUUCUCAAGCAGAUUCAAGUGAAGCCUGUGGAGAAGACAAAAGCGCACGCAUUGAGGUAGUCAGUUGCCCUCCAUUAGCUCCUGAAGAAAUCAUACCAGAGAAAACCUACAAGAAUAAUAACAAUGAACAACCAAACAAUAAUAACAAUGAGUCAUUGUUAAUGCAAGCCUUGCAUGACACAAUGGUCCUCACCAGACUUCCUGCACCUGAGCCCCCAGUCUUCUCAGGGGACCCACUUAAGUUCUUAGAGUGGAGCACUAGUUUCAAAGCUUUGAUAGAACGGCGAUGCACAAAUCCAGCUGACAGGUUGUUCUACCUACGCAAAUACAUCAGUGGAGAAGCACGGUCUGUAUUGGAGGGAAGCUUUUACAGAAAAGAUGACCAAGCAUAUGACCAAGCUUGGGAAGCUUUGAAUGCUCGGUAUGGCCACCCCUUUGUAAUUCAGCGUGCAUUUAGGGAAAAACUGAACAACUGGCCAAAGAUUGGUUCAAGAGAGUCGCUUAAACUGAGACAGUUCAGUGAUUUUCUGACAGCCUGCAGCAAUGCUAUGCCAUACAUCAAAGAACUGCAGGUGUUAAAUGACUGUGAAGAGAAUCAAAAAUUGCUCCAAAAACUUCCUGACUGGGUGACUUCUCGUUGGAAUCGUCAUGUCACAGUGCAGUUACGGCAAACAGAAGAAUAUCCAAGCUUCAAACAAUUCGCUGACUUUGUUGCACAAGACGCGGAAGUUGCAUGCAAUCCCGUAACAUCAUUUCAUGCCUUGAAACACACUGAAGAAAGGUCAGCUAGAGACAUAAAGCGUCCAAAGGCUAAUGCAUACAUCACAAAUGUGAAAGCAUCAGACAGAACAACCACAGGAUACAGCGGAGUGGAGAACAAUUCAAAUGAGGCUGAUAUAGAAAGAAAAGCACAUGCUUUGCCAUCAAACUCAGUCACAUGUAUUUGCUGUGGAGAAAGCCAUUCUAUUCACAAAUGCCAGACCUUUGUUAAAAUGUCCGUGGAGAACAAGAGAAAGUUCAUACUCGACAAUAACCUGUGCUUUGGCUGUCUCAGAAGAGGACACAAUUCAAAAGACUGUAAGCGCAAGGCGACUUGUGGGGUUUGUAAAAAACAUCAUCCAACAGCUCUUCACGAAGACCGUCCAACGACUGCAGUGAACACAUCAUCACAUAGAAUGCAGGCAGAAGAAAACAUCUCUGCACUUUCUUGUUGCAUGGACAGAGGAGAUGGUGGGAGCACAUCCAUGAUAGUGCCUGUGUGGGUUUCUUCAACCACCACUCCAGAGAGAGAGACCUUAGUGUAUGCUCUAUUAGAUACACAGAGUAGCAACACUUUUGUAGAUCAAGGGGUAUGUGAGGAGAUGGGGAUGAGUUUAGAGCCAGUGAAGUUAAAGCUAACCACUAUGAUGGGAAGAGAUUCCAUUGUUCAGAGCGAAAGAGUGAGUGGGCUCAGAGUUAGAGGGUUUUCCUCCAAAAGCUUUAUCAACUUGCCACUUGCCUAUACCAGAGACUUCAUCCCACUUGAACGUUCACACAUUCCCACCUCUGAAACUGCCAAAAGAUGGAAACAUCUAAUCAGAAUAGCACAGGAGAUGCCCGAGUUAAUGGAUUGCAAGGUCGGACUGUUAAUAGGCUAUGACUGUCCUAGAGCACUGGCACCACGGCAGGUAAUCGCGGGAGGUGACGAAGAGCCAUAUGCAAUCAAGACAGACCUGGGCUGGAGCAUUGUUGGCAGUUCACAAAAAAUGGCAACAUCAGCAGAAGUGACAGGCCUGUGCCAUCGCUUAUCUGUUGAGGAACUUCCACCCUUGACACCAGCAACCAUCAUCAGAGUACUUGAGUCAGAUUUCAAAGACACAGCUCCUGGAGAAAAGAGCAUAUCACAAGAUGACAUACAGUUCAUGCAUCUUUUAAAUGAGAAAAUACACCAGAAUGCUGAUGGGCAUCUAGAGAUGCCACUUCCCUUUAAGGCACGCCCUCAGCUGCCAGAAAAUAAGCGUCUGGCUCUGGUGCGGCUUAAGCACCUGAAAGGGAAGUUUGAGAAAAACCCCAAAUUUAAGGACGAUUAUGUAAGGUUCAUGGACAAUGUGUUCAAGGAAGGUGAUGCUGAAAGAGCUGAAGAUGAUCCCAAAGAAGGAAAUAUGUGGUAUAUUCCACAUCAAGGCAUCUAUCACCCAAGAAAACCAGAAAAAAUCAGGGUUGUGUUUGACUGCUCUGCAAAGUACAGUGGCACAGCUCUGAAUGAUCACCUCUUGACUGGGCCUGACCUCAUCAACAGUUUGACUGGAGUACUCUGCCAAUUUCGCCAACAUCCAAUUGCAAUCAUCUGUGAUGUAGAGAAGAUGUUUCACAGAUUUCAUGUAAACAGAGAGGACAGAAAUUACUUGCGAUUCCUGUGGUGGGAAAAUGGCGAAACAAACACAGAGCCAAAAGAAUAUCGCAUGAAAGUCCAUCUUUUCGGGGCCGCAGCAAAUUAUGCAAUGAAGUAUAUUGCGAGCCAAAAUGAAAGGGAACAUCCCACAGCAGCCAACUUCAUCAGAAGUAGUUUCUAUGUUGAUGAUGGGCUAAUCAGUGUAAAAACUGUGAAUGCAGCCAUUGAACUAGUGAGAGAUGUGCGGAAGGUGUGUGCAAAGGCAAGACUACGGCUCCACAAGUUCAUAUCCAACAACAGAGAAGUCCUGGAGUCAAUUCCAGAUAGUGAACGAGCUAGUGGAGCCCAGGAUGUGGACAUCAGUCAUCAUGAACUCCCAGUUCAGACUGUGUUGGGAGUAAGGUGGAGUGUAAGCAGUGACACAUUCUCCUUUAAAGUUGCCCUGGAGGAGAAAUCAGUAACACGACGGGGAAUUCUGUCCAUUAUAGCCUCUGUGUUUGACCCAUUAGGCUUCUUGGCUCCUUUCCUUCUAAUAGGAAAGAAAAUUCUACAGGAAAUGUGUCUAAAGAGCAUUGGAUGGGAUGAGCCACUGCCUGGUGAAUUGAAGCCACAAUGGGAGAGUUGGGUCACUGAUCUGAAAAACCUGCAGAGGCUCCAAAUCCCAAGAUGCUUUGUACCUGAAAGCCUUGGGAAAGUCCAGAGAAUAGAACUCCACCACUUUUCAGAUGCGAGCAAUCGCGGGUAUGGUCAGUGCUCAUAUAUCCGGGUGGUGAGUGAAGACAGAGUGUAUUGCUCCUUAGUCAUGGGCAAAGCAAGAGUUGCACCCACGAGAGUUGUAACCAUACCAAGGCUGGAAUUAACAGCAGCAGUGGUGUCCUCAGCAGUCAGCAGAAUGCUAAAAGAGGAACUGGAGCUCAAAAUUGACCAAGAGUAUUUCUGGACUGAUUCACAGGUGGUUUUGGGCUACAUUAACAACGAAGCCCGCAGAUUUCACGUUUUUGUUGCUAAUAGAGUGCAAAGAAUCAGAGAAGCAACUGAUCCAGCACAGUGGCACUAUGUUGACACCAAUCAAAAUCCAGCGGAUCACGCUUCCAGAGGCCUCACAGUAGCGGAACUGAUCAGUUCAAAUUGGCUCAUUGGACCUCAUUUCCUGUGGGAAAGAGAGUUUGUCACACCAGACUCAACUCCAGACCUUCUGGUAGGUGAUCCAGAGGUCAAAACGACACAAAUACUACAAACAAAGGUAGUAGAGGACGGGAACUUCCUGGAGAGACUCAAAAGGUUCUCAAAAUGGCAUACAGUAGUAAAUGUAGUUGCUAGGAUCCAGCAACUAGCCAAAAGAGCCAAUGCAACAAAGGGUAUAAAUGUGGAAGACAGGAGAAAAGCAAGUCAUGUGCUUAUAAAAUUAGCACAAGAAGAUGCUUUCAAGGAGGAAAUACAAACACUGAGCCAUGGUAAAUUACCACAGAGCCAUCCUUUGUUCCAACUUGACUCAAUAGUGCAAGACGGUGUUCUCAGAGUAGGAGGGCGGUUAAGGAAGGCUUCCUUACCGCUUGACUUGAGGCAUCCAAUAAUCCUACCCAAACAUGGCAUAAUUACACACCUGAUUUUAGAUCAGUGCCAUGAGAAAACCCAGCAUCAAGGCAGAGGACAGACACUUAAUGAGCUGAGAGCAAAUGGCUUCUGGGUUGUUGGUGGGAGCAAAGUUGUGGCUAAUCACAUUAAGCAAUGUGUUACAUGCAGGAGAGCUCGCAGGCCAACAGAAACACAAAGGAUGGCUGAUUUACCGGCCGCUCGUGUUGACCCCUCACCACCAUUUUCCUAUUGCGGGAUGGAUUGCUUUGGACCUUUCCAUACUAAGCAAAACCGCAAGGACUGUAAGAGGUACGGUCUUAUAUUCUCUUGUUAG